AUGACGGAGCAAGAUGUGAAACUGAAUUUCGAAACUAUGGAAGCGGGAGAUUUUAAGGACUUCGCUAAAGCGAUGACAGAUUACAUUGCAGAAUAUUUGGAAAAUAUAAGAGAUAGACAAGUCGUACCAUCUGUUAAGCCUGGCUACUUACGACCACUAGUUCCCGAGCAGGCUCCACAACAGCCUGAACCCUGGACCGCGGUCAUGGCAGACAUAGAACGUGUUGUUAUGUCCGGAGUAACACACUGGCACUCACCACGGUUCCACGCAUACUUCCCUACUGCGAAUUCGUAUCCAGCUAUCGUAGCUGAUAUGCUGAGCGGUGCAAUCGCUUGUAUUGGCUUCACAUGGAUUGCGAGCCCCGCAUGCACAGAACUGGAGGUAGUAAUGCUGGAUUGGUUGGGUCAGAUGCUCGGUCUACCUGAACAAUUUUUAGCACGGUCUGGAGGCGAGGCCGGUGGUGUCAUUCAAGGCACCGCAAGUGAGGCUACGUUAGUUGCCCUACUCGGGGCGAAGGCGCGAAUAAUGCAACAAGUGAAAGAACAACACCCUGAAUGGACUGACACUGAAAUUCUUUCGAAACUCGUAGCUUAUUGUAACAAGCAAGCACAUUCAUCGGUUGAACGGGCUGGUCUUUUGGGGGGAGUAAAGAUGCGCUCUUUAAAGCCUGAUAAUAAGAGACGACUACGUGGCGACAUCUUGCAGGAAGCUAUGGAUGAAGACAUUAAUAAAGGACUUAUACCUUUUUAUGUUGUAGCCACACUUGGAACCACAUCAUCUUGUACGUUUGAUGCUCUUGACGAAAUAGGCGACGUUUGCAUGUCUCGAAAUGUUUGGUUACAUGUGGAUGCUGCCUACGCUGGCUCAGCUUUCAUUUGUCCCGAAUACCGUUAUCUUAUGAAAGGUGUAGAAAAAGCGGAUUCUUUCAAUUUCAAUCCGCAUAAAUGGAUGCUUGUUAACUUCGAUUGUUCGGCGAUGUGGCUUAAACAACCACGUUGGAUUGUCGACGCGUUUAAUGUUGACCCAUUGUAUUUAAAGCAUGACCAACAAGGCUCAGCACCGGAUUAUCGCCAUUGGCAAAUUCCAUUGGGGCGUCGUUUCAGAGCAUUAAAAUUAUGGUUUGUACUGAGAUUGUAUGGCGUUGAAAACCUUCAGAAGCACAUCAGGAAGCACAUUGCGCUUGCCCACCUUUUUGAGAAGUUAUGCUCAUCUGAUGACAGAUUUGAAAUAGUUGAAGAAGUGACUAUGGGACUUGUAUGCUUUAGACUUAAAGGAAGCAACGAGAUUAACGAAGAGUUGUUGAGGCGCAUAAACGGUCGCGGGAAAAUUCAUCUGGUACCUUCUAAGAUUGACGAUGUUUAUUUCCUAAGAUUAGCCAUUUGCUCGCGUUUCUCUGAAGAAAGUGACAUUCAUAUAUCGUGGGAAGAAGUAAAAAUCUCUGCCGACGAAAUACUAGCUCUAAAGUAA